GUGCUGAUGGUGUUGAUGAAAUUGUGUUUUCCAAGGGCCACUCUAAAAGGACAUUACCUGAAUUCCUGUCUGAUGUACAGGAUCGCAUAACUAUUACCCUUGACGAUAUAGUACAUACGGGAAACCAUGAAAUUAUUACUUUGACCAAUGGUAAUAAGGCAAUUUUGUUACCAGUUACUACUUCUACAGGAAAGAGUGUGUUAACUUCAGUUAUGAUAUGUGGAAUUAAUCCACAACGAGCCCUUGAUCGUGAAUACAUGGGAUUCUUACAG